ACUGUAAGGUAAAAAGUAACUUUGAUUAAAGAACCUUUGAUGAGAUGGUCAGUAUUUUAGUCAAUAAUAAAGUAAUUUUGUUCAAACUCUAUUAUAGAAGGCUAACAUAAUAUGUUUUGUGAUACAUAAGAAAUACCCAAAUUUACGUUGUCAAACCGGUUGAAAUUGUAUACUUUAGUUUCGCAAGUGAUAUGGUCUGAUCGGUGUAUAACAGAUCUAUAUACAUUUUUGUGUUCAUUUUAACACAGCAUGGAAGAAAUAUGCAAAAUCAUUAACACCAAAUGAACUGUGCACAUAUAUCAUCUUACGUUCGUGUUUAAAUAAAUAGCACAUUACAAACAAAAUUACAAAUCAUCAUAUUUGAUCGUAGUAUUUAACGUCAACAUCCAAACGUUUAUACUUGAAUCCAACAAAUAACAUCAACAUCUAAAUGUUCAUAGUUAAAUCCAAAAAAUUCCUUUCUUUUUGUUAAUUCUUCAAUAAAAAAAAGACAUCAUUUUGUUUAUAAACCAAAAUUUAUCAUUCCGAUCGAACCAUUAAUUUUUUUUAUUUAAUCGAUUUUGACUACCACUUCUUACCAGCGAUCUUCUACCCGGUUUGUCUCCCAAACUUGUUGAAUCCGGUUGUGCCGACCGGUAUAUCAGUUGUUUGAUAACCAUGUUAUUAUCCCUAUUUUUAAUAAGAAGGAGUUAUUUUAAGUUUUCUUAUAUAUAAUAAUAACAAUAAUAAUUUUUAAUUUUUAUCAGUCUCUAAUAAUUCUUUUUGUUGCUUAGUUAUGAAUUUACCAUCAUCGAAGAGAACUUGUUUUGUAUCAGUUCUGCGUUGCUUAAUAUCUUGGGCCUGUGAACACGUUAUGAUGUAAGUGCAUGUGACAGUAGCUUGGACUGCCGUUGGACAGGUAGAUGAUAGUUUUGUUAAUAUGAUUAUUAAUCCCAGCCUGUUUGAAUUAUUGUUUUUUAUUUACAAAUUUGAGCAAAGAAUCUUUACUUCGUAUUCUGAGAAAAAUAUAAGUCCGACAAUGUUUCAUACAAUACAUAAUGUCGGAGACUCGGAUAUGACAUGUCAAAAUUAUGAAAUAAACGCUAAAAAUUAGUUUGGUUACUACAAGUUAAACAAUCGGCUAAAAAUUUGACAUCGUGAAGUAUAUGUAAACGGUACAUUUUUGGCCCUAAAGAAAUGAUGGAAUGGAGGAUUACUUAAAUAAAUAAAAUUUAGCGGACACUUCUAAACCUAUCAUCCAGCCUCUUGUACACCAAAUGUGUAUAUUACCAAAGAGAGCAACAUGAAUUCCCAACUCUGCUCAUUAAUAAAAUGAAAAUAAUUAGGUCCAAAUUCAUCGAGAGAAAAGAUAACAAAUACAGCGACAAGACCUAAAAGAAAGGACUAGAAACUUUUUGGAUUGUCCUUACUAAGGGUUUGCAAUGAUUCUGUCCGGUUCGGAUCCAAGCAAACUCAUUAGAACCACGGUUCAGAGGUGAAAGAUAUUUUAGAGGUAAGGAUCCGACCAUCAUUACAUCUUAUCCCGAUUUGGUUCGACUUUGGACUUGUUCAGCUGUUAAUUCGGUCAACUUUUCUUUAGUAUUUAACUAGUUAUAAAAUACAUGUACCCAAAGAUCGGACAACAUUAUAUUUGUUUUUUAUAUGGUCUCGUCCAAACAUCAAUUUAGUCUCGGUACGAAUCAAACCGUUGCACACCUUAGUGUUACUAAUGGCAACUCAUAAAUUCCUUUCAUACGCAAGUUAUAUAUCCCAUCUAUAUUUCAAUAAUUAAAACAAGUAAUUGUUAGUUUUACUAAGAUGAAUAAAUGCCUAAAUUGUCAACAACAACAAAAAAAUGAUGAAUACGUCCUAUAAUGCGACGACAAAAAAGUUUUCCUAGCCAUCAACGAUUGUUAACCAUUGGUUUUUGUUACCACAAUUAUUUGGAAAGUCGUUUUCAUUAUCCGAAUUGUAAAGGAAAUGAACAGAAAUUCGUGUCGUGAUAUUAACUAGAGGCAUAUUGUGCUUGGAUUUUGACAAUAACAGCAGGCUAGGAAUUGCUUCAAUGAGCACACCAACACCUGUCAUUCCCAAUGAUUGAUUAAUAUAUUGCAUAUAUCUCACAGCAGAGAAUUGGUCAAAUUAUUCCAAAAUCGAAAAGCUUUCUCACCAGUUAAAUUUUCUGAUUUUUAGUGAGAAACUAGGUCUUGGAUACAUCAAAGAAUGGGAUUUUAAUAGUAAAAAUAAAUCUUCUCGAUUACCAAAAAGAAAAUCUUCUCCAUUAAAAUUGUUAUUUUUUUCCCUGAAGUAGAAGGUAGUGCCGGUAAGUACUAGAGAUUUCGAUCUGUGUGACUUAAUAAGUUCCCGAAGAUACCAAAGUUAGUAGCGGGUUAUGUAAGAAUAGGAUCAUUUCGUAACAAGUAGAAUAGUUAGCAUAGUAAGUUAGUAACUAGGAAUUACCGAAUUAGGUAGUUAAUUGAGGUGUUUACCCCUAAAAAAUAACUGGUACCAUUGAUUAAUUACAAAACACUUAAUAAUUUUACAAGACCAGGUCAACAUUAAACAUUAAAUGAGAUACCGGCUUAAUGAGACUCCAAAAAAGUAAGUAUAGAGAUUAAUCUGGAAGGGUACCAAUCAGAUGAGACGGAGGUGACAAGGUGGCCAAUAGGCAGUCAACGUACCAACUUGACGAGCUCUAAAAAGUAAAAACUAAAAUUCGUAGACCAAGCCGACGAGACACGUUUGGUAGCAAGGCGGCAGGGUACCAAAUAGGGACCUAUUCAAAAUCUAAGUUUGGAGACCACCUGAGGUAGCGAGCCGAUGGGGUACCAAGCCAGCAAGAGCGAAGACAAUGAUGUAUCAAAUUACCAAACCUCCCAAAAACUAAGUAUGGAAUGGAACAUGGUACAGAUGAGACGGGCUUGGUGGGGCGACAAGGUACCUACUACAGAAUUAUUUGCCAAGACGGCUUUGUGGGAAGCUGACAAGGUACCAAACCGGCAGCGCAAUCAUUGGCUUUUCAAGACUAAGUAUGAAAUCUCGAGAGUGACGACUGGUUAAACAAGGUAUCAACCCGACGAGAUGGACAAACACGCUUGGCACCAAGACCAGCUUCCCAAGACUAAGUGUGGGGCCUUGGUUGGGAUAUGAGCUAAGUUCUCGUCCUGUCAAGGUGGACGAUGGGCUAACAUCCUGCUAGGGUGAACUAGUCCUCUUGGGUCUCUAGUUGGUGGUUAAACCUGGCAUUUGGUCCAUGGGGCGGAGGAGCUGGCAUGGGGAUCUCUAGUUGAAGGUCUUCGAUGGAUGCUUGAGGGGUUGGCUAUUUGUAUAAAAAAAAUCGAUUUUGGGGGCAUUUAGAGCAUCGGGAUUCCAUUACGAGUGAGGUUUUUUACGCUAGGUUUUUUUCCCCGUCUUUUACUCUAGGCCUCAUGGUGGGCGCUAAUCAAUUAUGUCAAGGUUGCAGUCGAACUGAUUUUUUUAUGUUGGGCACCAGAGUCAGUCGACAACCAUCUUUUACCAUGAACUACUCUUGGCCUAUCAUCUCCGAUUGUCUCCUACAAAAUGUCAAAAAGGACUCGUUGGCUUAUCUCAAUUGGAUCACUCUCUAACACUUAAAUUAGAGAGUGGUUAUGGAUAAGAGGAAUAUGGACUCGAAAAUAAACAUAAGGGGGAAUGGAAAUGAAAAGGAAUGUAUUCGCUAAUCAUAGCAGGAGUUCAUGAGUCAAUGUUUUUCUGUGUACCUUUACCUAGAAAUUUGAUGGCAUUUAUCGUGAUUGUCGGGCGAUCGUAAAAAGGUAUGUGUCUUCCUCUGGUGGCUCGAGGGGUAAUGGAAGGACCAGUUAUGGGACUACGUGACCCCAAGGUGGCUAACUUGGGCCGGGGCACCCAGGGUGCUUGACCCUAUGGGUGUUAGGUGAUUUGGCCCAAAGGGUGACCAUAGUGAUCGGAUGACUGACCUCAUGAGUGACAAGUUUUACUCGGGGUCAUCCUCCCCUAAACUAUUUAAUUUCCGUUAUAUAAAAUAUUAAAAAUAAUUUGAACGUAGACAAAAUGGUUUGUGUUGGUCAUCUUAUUUGUAACUGACAAGGGCUAAGUUUGAGCCAGACAACAUCCAAAAUUCUAAUGGUUUCAUAAAUCAACAUCACUACUUACUUACCUCCAUCAUCAUCGUUGUUAUCUUAAUUACACUUUUAUAUAAAAGAGAAUUUGAUCUAACUCAUACAUUAUAUAACUAUAUUUUAUUUUAGGUAAAUCGUAGUCACCGUUGUUAUUGAAAUAAAUUUUUGAACAAGGUUUGGACAAUUAUUAUUUUUGGAGUGUUUUUUCCAAGAAUCUAUUGAAAUAUUUUCUUCAUGACCUUACAAUUUUUGAACAUUGUGCUAAAAUCGAUUUCAACUUUUACCUUAAUUAUAUUUUGAUAGCAAUAGAAUGUGUAAUUUAAUCCAUAAAUAAUGUAAGUGUAUUCAGUGACGGAGCCAGCUCACUCCCCCUAAAAUUUAAAAAAUUCCAUAAUAUCCAAACAUGUUCCACAAUCUGAAUUAGUCCAAAUGGUUAGAAUGUUGGACCUUUGUAUUUUAUUAACCAUUAGCCUGGAUUCUCAGGAAGAUUACAAGUUUUUACUCCUUUUUAUAUCAAUUUCACUUCCUCCCCAUUGGUCAGGGUUCGAUCCAGAAAGCUGCCAAGUUUUUACUCCUUUUCUUAUACCACUUCCAUUUCCUCCUUACACCCCGUCAUUUUUACUUAAAUAUAGCUAGAAAACCCCAUCAUUAUGGUUAUCUUAAUUACAUUUGAUGAAGAAAAUGUUUCAUCAUAAAUUAUGUCAUGAUUCUUUAUUUUUUGUAGGCAACCGUACUUAUUUGUACAAAUUUCAAACAAAUAAUUGCUUUAGCAUUUUUUUAGAACAUAUUGAAAUAUUUUUCUCGUGGACUUAUAGAACGUUUUGCUAAAUCAAUUUCAAUUUUUUAUUACAUUGCAUCUCCUUGUGAUCGUAAUUGUAUUUUGAUUACAAUAAAAGGUGGAAUAUAAUCCAUGAACCUUU